CGUAUCAUCAUCUCGACCGUUCCCAACAUUUCGCUCGGCUUUUCAGACUGAAAUAAGGCUCAUUCAACUCAAAGCUCUCUUCUUCCUCUCCUCUCUUUGAUUUCAAGCUCUGUAUUUUUUCGAAUUCAAAUCGAAGCAUCAACGAAGUUCAGUGAAAUUAGGGUGAGAAAAUGGAUAAGUUGAAAUUAGGUGAAUUGGGUGAGCGAUUAAAAGCCAGUGGAGCUAAAAUGGGUCGAAUGGUAAGUGAGAAAAUGAAAGAAAUUAUGCAAACCCCAACUCCUGAAUCAAUGAUGGUAGAUGAGGCAACAUUGGAGACUUUAGAGGAUCCAAAUUAUGGUAUGAAUCUAAGGAUAUGUACAAUGAUCAAUUCUGAAGAGUUUAGUGGUUCAGAGGUUGUUAGAGCCAUCAAGAGGAAGCUUUCAGGGAGAAAUGUUGUUAGUCAGAGGCUGAGUCUGGAUUUGUUGGAGGAUUGUACUGUGAAUUGCGAGAAGGUUUCGUCGGAGGUGGCGUCGGAGAAGGUGUUGGAUGAGAUGAUGAGGCUUAUUGAUGAUCCACAAUCUGAUAAUGGGAAUAGGGUUAGGGCUAUGCAGUUGAUUAGGGCUUGGGGAGAGUCUGAAGAGCUUGCUUACCUUCCUGUUUUUCGGCAAACUUACAUGAACUUGAAAGAAAGAGGAGCAACUUCAAUAGCACAGGAAGGAAAUUCGCGAGAGAUGCAGUACGACUUAGAGUCUUACGUUCAUCAACCAUUAUCUCCCCCUGAUAGAUACCCAGUGCCCGACACUGGAUCGCAUGAUGCAGAUGGUGGUGCUUUACCCUUUCACUUUCGGGAUCUAUCACUUGAAGAGACGAAAGAUUUUAUUGUUGUAACUCGAAAUAGUGUUGAACUGCUGUCGACUAUUUUGAAUAGUGAAACUGAGCCAAAACCCUUGAAGGAAGAACUUACGCUGAGCAUGCUGGAAAAGUGCAAGGAGUCUCAGCCUGUGAUUAAAGGAAUCAUAGAAAGAACCACCGACGAUGAAGGAUUGCUAUUCGAAGCUUUGUAUCUUCACGAUGAACUUCAGCAAAUAAUUUCCAAGUACGAAGCAUUAGAAGCAUCUCUAAAGCCCGAAGUAGAACAACAGCUCGAGAACUCCGACUCAACCUUGCACGAGGAGGAGUCGGGAGAAACUGCUAAAAAGCUCGGGGAAUCAUCCUCCCCUCCAAAUUUUGACACUGCAGUGGAGAAGUUAGAAGAUGCCAAAGAGCAUAGUAGAGAAAAACAGCCUGAAAACACGGCCGAGCUCAAUCCUUCUUCUCAAUUAGGAAGUGAAAAGGAGACCAUAGUAAUGGAUUCCCAAAAAGGGGGAGAAGGAGGGAGCUCUCAAUUGAGCAGCAAUGAGAAAAAAGAGGGUGCAUGAAAUGGGCAUUGUUAUUAGGUUCUCUCCCAUGGUUGAUAUGGUUAUUUCUUCAUUAUGUAUGCUUUUUCUUCUCUUUAUUCUGAUAAUUAAUUCUCACUUAUUAUGCUGUUGUAAUUAUAGAAUCUAAUAGAGAAACUUUUUUUGGUUCUUCUCUUUUUAUGUAUCUUUUUUAGGUGAUAGACAAAUGGAAUUCUCAGGCUGUAUUUAUUUUAAUGUAAAUUAAAUGAUAUGGUGGAAUGGAACCCUCUAUUUUGUUAA